UCAAAGCACCAUUGAUGCAGCUGUAUCCAAAUCUAUGGGAAGAAUCGUCGAGGAGGUAAGAAGCUUGCGGCGAGAUAUCGCAAAGUUGAGGAAUAGCAGAGACAAUGUUCCAUCAAAAAAGAUUAUGCCAGCAGAACCUUUAAACACAGUGGAGCAAUUUAUGGAAUUGGACAGUUUACUCCAGAAGGAUGAAGAAUAUGCUAAAUUUAAAUCGGAACUUAUGCAAAAUAUUAAAUACACAGGAGCGAAAUUCGUCAGAACAGCUUGGCGCUCAUUGGUAUCCGAUGAAUGUGCUCAACAUUUUGCUUGGAGUGGAACGUCAGACAAAAAACCUGUCCGCGUCUUAAAAGUAUCUAUGGCUAUCCGAGAUGUCUUCUUACAUGAAGUGAAAGGCAAUGAGACUGAAUAUAUAAGUGGCACCAAGACGAUUUUUCAGUUUGCCAAAAAUAGACAAAAACGGAAGCACCAAAAUGCAGCAAAUUAAUU